AUGCCACCUCGCCCUGUCCUCUUCGUCCGGCCCACCGCGCGCCCCCAAUGGAAUUGCCAGUCGUGUCUGCCUCACGGGCGUUUGCUGCACGCGACAGCGCCUCGCUUUCUCCAUGCGACCGCGCCCCGUGCCUCCGAUAGCGCCCCGAGUCACUACGAAACGCUCCAAGUCGCGCCUUCAGCGGACGCAAAGGAGAUCAAGAAACAGUUCUAUGCACUGUCUAAAAAGAACCAUCCAGACCACAACAAGGAUGAUCCUGCCGCGUCCACGCGCUUCGUCGCCAUAAGUGAAGCCUAUCACACACUCUCUGUGCCGGAGAAGCGCGCGCAGUAUGACGCACAUUUGCAUCAGACUGAGCGGCGCUCCGGAUGGGGCAGAGGCGGAGGCGGCGGUCAUCCUCCUGGGAGCUACAGCUCAGCGAGCUAUGCGGGAUCCAGGCCUGCGACUGGCUUGAACAAGAAGAGGGGCACGUUUCGCGGCCCGCCGCCCAGCUUCUACAACAGUGGUGGGUACGGCCGACAUGGGGCAAAGAGGGCGGAGUACGCGCAUCACAACCCAAACCCUGAUGGCCAGGAGACAGAGCCAGACGGCCAGGGAGAGCAGGGAGGAUACGGACCAGGACAACGGCGCCAGGGCCAACAAGUACCGCAUUUCGACAACGUGCGACACAAGCAAGUCCACGAGCAAAUUCAAGAGCACAUACAAAAGGGGCGGCGGCGGUCAAAACUCCAUCGUAGAGACGAAGAGUACGCGAGAGGAGGGAGCCACUUGGCCAGGUUCCUGGUUGUCUUCGGCAUCCUAGGCUCUGUUGGGGCCUUCUUGAAAAUUUUUGAAGUCAGGGAAGACGAGAAGCAGCUGAAAGCCGCAACAUAG